GCGCGCAGGUUCGCAAAUGACGGACGUCGCACCUGCAGCUGCCGCAACCGGCAUCUCCAUGGCAAAUCAGGACGCGGUUGCCAUCACACCUCUGCCGCAGAAGGAAGCUCCAUCGCUCGUAAUGGAUGGGGCUCAUUUGAAAGACGCCGAGAUAUGCUUGAGCGCUACUUCUGUCCCCACGGAACUCGUAUCACCCGCUGUCCUUUCUACAUCCGAUGGCGAAGCGUCGAAAGGCACCACCGCUGAAACGGUGACGCGAAUGGUGGAUGAGAUCAAGGGAAUCUUGAACUCGUCGCCGUCAAAGAUCCCUGUGCGAAAGGGGUCCGGGGGGGCGACGUCGAGUUUCACGUUGGACGACAAGAACGCUCCACCCCCUGCUCCGACAGAGUCUGACGUAUCUCCUUCAAAACGUAAAUCCGUGUCGCCAAGUCAAAAAGACGAGAUAGCCCAUCGGCUUUACGCGAAAGCUAUGGAACUCAAGGAAAAGCGGGACAACUUGUAUCGGCAGCCAAAAGAAGAGUGCACGUUCAAACCCACGAUCAAUCGGACAGCGUCUAAGCGCGAAGAUUCGUCCGAAAAGGAUCGGUUCCUCGCACUGCACGAACAAGCGGAGGACAUGGCGCGGAGGAAGGAAGAAUUGAAGCAGAGCCUCGAAGCACAGUUCACGUACAAGCCCGAGAUCUCGAACUUGUCGCGUCGAUUGUCCGCCCGGCACGACACCGAUGUUUCCAAGUCGACGUCACGCGUCGAAGAGCUGUACAAGAACCACCAGGAAAUUGAAGCCAAACGAGAAGAGAAGAAGAAAGAACUUGAAAAAAAGGACGCCGUCGAAUGCACGUUCCAGCCCAAGAUCAACAAGAAAACCAAAUCGCCACCCAAGCAACCGUUGUAUGACGCCGAGUUACUCAAGCAAAAGCGCCUUGAGAAGGAGCGUAAAAAGGCCGAGCUAGAGAUGACCGAAUGUUCGUUCAAACCCCAGACGUCGGCCAAGGGCAAGACGAACGACAAGUCGUUCUUUGAUCGGUUGCAGGAAGCCAACAAGAAGAAAGUGGAGCGCUUGGAAGCUUUGCGGAAGGCCAAAGAGGAACGCAUCGAGCAAGAGGCCACUUUUCGCCCAGCUAUCAACGAUUCAAAGGUCAAGGCAUCAAAAGCGAUGGAAAAAGUCCCAUUUCACGAGCGACUGUUCAACAAAGAGCUGCUGCAAUCGCAAGCUGUGGAACGCGAGCAAAAGAAGAUCGAACUGGAAUCGCAAGAGUGUACCUUCAAGCCUGAAAUCAUCAUUGCGCCAACUGUAUCGUUGGAGCGCCGCGGCAGCAUCUUUAAUCGACUCUUUGAAGAGACCAAGAAGAAGCAGGAAAUGUUGGAGCUGGCGGAACAGGAAAAACUCAAGAAGGAAAUGGAGGAAUGCACGUUCAAGCCCCAAGUGCUAGUCGAUCCAGCGCUGAUUCUGAAAGAGGUGCCGCAGGAGCCGGUGUGGGAACGCCUGUCCAACGACAAGAAACAGAUAUUGGAAGACAGGGAAAAGCGAAAAGAAGAGCUGGAGCAGCAGGGGUGCACAUUUAAGCCGAACAUCCUUGGAAAUGGGUGUGAAUCGACUCGUCGGUUGAGCAUGCGCCGUCCGUCGUCGCCAACACUACAGCGAUCGCCGUCCAAGAGCGUCGAGAAGCCCACGGACGCGAUAGAACAAGGCGCUUCGUCAGAAGCGACUAGCCCAUCCGUAACAGGAGUCGACGACUCCGAGCCGAAGGCAAUUCUAACCAACCUCGACAGCUGGGCGGCAAGUUUUGAGGAGAAGAUGCAACAGCUGCAAUAAUGUAGGCUGUGCAUUUGUCGGGUGGUCGUGGCUUCAUUCCAACUAGUCCCGAAAAGAAAGACUUGCAUUAGCGAACAUACACGACCUCGGUCUCUGUUUCACCAACGAGCUCGAUCUUAUCGAGCUGGCCGAGGCCGACCAUGGACGGCGCAAACGUGAGGUAGAAGCGUUUCAGCAUGACGUUGGGCUUGCCAUUGAGCGUCCCGUGCAAAAAGUAACCCGCGUGAUUGCGCAGCUGGAACGUCCUGCCUUUGAGCAUGCCGAAUUGAAUCGCAUGGACGCCUUGGCCAAGAUGCUUUGUCGUCCACUGGUAAGUCGUGUUGCGUUCGAUGGCACUCAUGGAUUGUCUACCGUCGUGUCCGGUGAGUGCUCCGAGCAAAACCAGUGUCCUGAGCAUUGCUUUACCGCGGGUUCUUGGCCUUUUCGAACAUGACCCACUCGCCGACAAGCGGAUCCGUCAUGUGCAGCG